CUCUCAAGGAAACCAAGCCAUCACAACAGUUACACAACUCAACACAUCAUUUCCAUUUGCACCGGUCAUCAUAACAAUGGCUUCCACCAACAGCUGGACCCACGAGAUCGAAUCGCCGGUCGCCGCACCGCGCCUCUUCCGUGCCGGCGUCAUGGACUGGCACACACUGGCCCCUAAGCUCGCACCACACAUCGUCGCCAGUGCCCAUCCUGUUGAGGGCGAAGGCGGCAUAGGCAGUGUCAGGCAGUUUAACUUCACCGCAGCCAUGCCCUUCAACCUCAUGAAGGAGAGACUCGAGUUCAUCGACGUCGAAAAAUGCGAGUGCAAGUCCACCCUCAUCGAGGGCGGCGGCAUCGGCACCGCGAUCGAGACGGCUACGUCGCACAUCAAGGUGGAGCCGACGGCCAACGGCGGAAGCGUCGUCAAGGUGCAAUCGACAUACAAGCUGUUGCCGGGCGUGGAGGUGAACGAUGAGAUCACCAAAGCCAAGGAGUCUGUCACCGCGAUCUUCAAGGCCGUUGAGGCCUUCCUCGUUGCCAACCCGGACGCCUACAACUGAAUCAUGCUACCCCUGCUUUGAUUUUUGUGUGUUUUCUUGCUGAUCCAAUAAAGCCGCUCCUAUCUCGAAGUAGUGUCACAGAGAGCACCGAGCAGAGUGUGGACUUGACAAGUCCAAAAUGUUGUCUAUUCAGUAUUUGUAACCAUCAAAGGGUGAUGUUGUUUGAUGAUGUUGUUGCUUGCUUAUGUAUCUUCCUCAUGGUUUUGCACGGGAAUAAAAGGAAAUAUUUGGAACUGAAA